GAUCUGUUGUUUAGGGCCACUGAGCAGCCAAUUGUUGUGCGGUUCUUCAUCUCCCUCCCUUGUUUUUAGCCUCUAUCGCUCCCCGCGGUGGUCCCUUCCUCAGAUCAGGAGAAACAUCUGGUACGGAUCGAGAGAGAUAAUGUCGCAGAAGAAAUUCAUCUUCGAGGUCGAGGAGGGGAAGGCAUCUAGCGAUGGACGACCUUCUGUUGGCCCUACGUACCGCAGUGUCUUUGCCGAGGGAGGAUUUCCCGAGCCGAUCGAAGGAAUGGAGAGUUGCUGGGAUGUUUUCCGCAUGUCUGUUGAGAAAUAUCCAAACAAUCGGAUGCUGGGUUACCGGAAGAUUGUAGACGGGAAGGCGGGAAAGUAUGUGUGGCAGACAUACAAAGAAGUUUAUGAUAUUGUCAUAAAGCUUGGAAAUUCUCUCCGUAGUUGUGGGAUUGAAGAGGGAGGAAAAUGUGGUAUCUAUGGCGCCAAUUGCCCUGAGUGGAUCAUAAGCAUGGAGGCUUGCAAUGCACAUGGUCUCUACUGUGUCCCUCUAUAUGAUACAUUAGGUGCUGGAGCUGUUGAAUUUAUUCUCUGUCAUGCAGAGGUCUCAAUUGCCUUUGUAGAGGAGAAGAAGAUCCCUGAGCUAUUUAAGACUUGCCCAAGCUCCACAAAGUACUUGAAGACUGUUGUGAGUUUUGGCAGUGUCAAACCCGAACAAAGAGCAGAAGCCGAAAAGUUGGGAUUGGUAAUAUAUGCUUGGGAUGAGUUUUUGGAGCUGGCUGAAGGCAAGCAAUAUGAACUUCCGAUAAAAAAGAAAAGUGACAUUUGCACAAUUAUGUAUACUAGUGGUACCACUGGUGACCCAAAGGGAGUGAUGCUUUCGAAUGAAAGCAUUGUCACUCUGAUUGCGGGAGUGGAUCGUCUGCUGGAAAGUGUAAACGAAGCGCUACACGUGGGGGAUGUGUUUCUUUCAUAUCUUCCUCUUGCACAUAUCUUUGAUCGGGUUAUCGAGGAGUGUUUUAUUCAACACGGUGCUUCAAUCGGGUUCUGGCGUGGGGAUGUCAAAUUGUUGAUAGAAGACCUUGGUGAGCUAAAACCAACUGUUUUUUGUGCUGUUCCUCGUGUACUAGAUCGAGUAUACUCAGGUUUGCAGCAGAAACUAUCUGCUGGUAGUUUCUUCAAAAAGAAAAUUUUUGAUGUUGCAUAUUCCUAUAAAUUUGGAAAUAUGAAGAAGGGACAUACUCAUGUGGAGGCUUCCCCCUUUUUUGACAAACUUGUGUUCAAUAAGGUUAAGCAAGGGCUCGGAGGCAAUGUGAGAAUCAUUUUAUCUGGAGCGGCACCUCUUGCCAGUCAUGUAGAAUCAUUUCUCAGAGUGGUUGCGUGCUCUCAUGUUCUACAAGGAUAUGGUCUAACUGAGAGCUGUGCUGGAACUUUUGUCUCGCUGCCAAAUGAAGUGGAAAUGCUCGGCACUGUUGGUCCUCCAGUGCCAAAUGUAGAUGUACGCCUUGAAUCUGUUCCUGAGAUGGAAUAUGACGCUCUAGGAAGCACACCACGUGGUGAAAUCUGCAUUAGGGGAAAAACCUUGUUUACCGGGUACUACAAGCGCGAAGACCUCACCAAUGAGGUUCUCAUCGAUGGAUGGUUGCACACAGGCGAUAUCGGUGAGUGGCAACCAGACGGAAGCAUGAAGAUAAUUGACAGGAAGAAGAACAUAUUUAAGCUCUCUCAAGGAGAGUACAUUGCAGUUGAAAACUUGGAAAAUGUUUAUGGUCAAGUACAUGUUAUUGAUUCGAUAUGGGUUUAUGGGAACAGCUUCAAGUCCUUCCUAGUUGCUGUCGUAAAUGUCAGUCAGCAAGCCCUUGAACAUUGGGCCGUGGAGAAUGGAGUGGACGGCGACUACAGCUCUCUCUGUGAAAACGCAAAGGCAAAGGAAUUCAUACUCGGAGAACUCAAUAAAACAGCUAAAGCCGAAAAGUUGAAGGGGUUUGAGUUCAUCAAGGCUGUUCAUCUUGAUCCUGUAGCGUUUGACAUGGAACGUGACCUCCUUACGCCAACUUACAAAAAGAAGAGGCCUCAAUUGCUCAAAUACUAUCAGAGUGUGAUAGAUGAAAUGUACAAGACUGCAGAGGACGCCCUAGCUCCCGGACGAUAAGUUUAAACAAUUUAUUAUAACGAUCAUUAUUUAUUUCGGAUUCACUUGUCUUUGAACACCGUUUGUUGGUCUCGUCUAUUUUCGUUAAACUCGUACACGAUUCUAGCUUUAAUUACUUUGUUAUUCACAGUUCACUCA